GAUACGUUUUAGGCUCUACCAGUCGUUGUUGUGACGCCGUCGUUUCCUGAUGUCGCAUUUUUACUUGUAGACUGGAGCCUGCCGAGAACAUGUCUCACGAUGGCCAAGCAUCGUUUGUGCCCCAAAACAUUGGAAUCUUGCUCACUUUGGUUUUCUUCACCUACGUCUUGCUCUCUGCCCUGUUUUUUACCUUCCUUGUCCGCUACAUUACUGGGAAACUAUCAGCCGAACGCGUUCCAACGGUUGUCUCGAUCGUGGCUCUCACGAUGGCAUCGCUGCCAACAGGGCUGAUUCCGAUCGACGUUUUCAUCGUGGGUUACAUGAAAAAUUCUUCUGGCCAAUUUCAGCCGUGGGCGAGUGACAUGCGAGAUCGUCAUGACUUUUCCACCACUCUUCUCUCUGCUUACUACGCGUCCUACAUCGCAACACUUUUCGUAACGUUCGUUAUCAUACCUUUAGCAUACUUCUUUCACAAAACGGAGACGGGUUCCUCUGGAAGGUCUCGUCAGAAUGUCUUAUCGGCGUUAUGUUACACCGGCUUGUCUCUCGUCAUACUCGUAGUUUUGCUAGCCAUCGGUGGAGUUGUGCCUACACGAGAUCUUCCGGCUCCCAAUUCUACGCUUGAAGACCAGUUUCGCAAUAUGGUAGACGAUUUAAAAACUUCAGAAUUGGAAGACAUGUUCUCCUUUGCGUUAUCUGUCAUAAGAAUUGUUGGAAUAACUUUGAUAACGGCUUACGUGGGCAUCGGAAUGGUAUUGGGACCAAUCACUCAUAUUCGAGGUUAUCCCGAUCCGCGCACUGAAUUGGCCAAUGUUCGUAAUCGCCGCUCUGGUAUCGAAAGGGAAAUAUCUGCCAUCCAGCAAACACGAGUGAGAAUAUCACCAGGUGUGCAUCAGCUACCGAGAACGGAAGCAAUCCGACUGCUUUCACUCGAACAUGAGGAUCUUGAUUUACGGGAAAGAGAAGAACAACUGAAGGAAACAAUCAAGCAUUGGCUUUCACCCUUUGUCAUGGUCUGUCGUCCAACUCAAAUCUGCGCCGGCAUAGUCGGAUUGCUUGUCGGUCUCCUCAUAUUCGUCUCCCUCUUUAUGACCAAUAUUUUGCGAGCCAUGUACUCCUUCGGUGAAACUGUCGGCUAUUUGAUGCCGACUGUUAAAGUACUCAAUCCACUCGAUCGAUUUGCACUCUCCAUCCAACGAGUCUUCCCACUCGACUUCAUCGUCAUCAUAUUCCUGGUUAUUUUCCUGAUCCUUGCAGCAACGUCGGCCUUCCAAAAAUUGGGUAUUGGAAUCCCAUGGAUCAAGACAUACAACAUUAGUCCUUGGAAAACCAAAAGCCGUUCCCUUCUUGUUUUCACGGCGAAUUUGGUACUCAUUCUGCUCGCUGUUGAUGUUCUGCUUUUAGCUUUGUUACCGCAGUACACAACUUACUCCUCACAACAUUAUGUCGCUUGCGCAGAGAACAUAUCCCUAUCUUACCCUCCUCUUCCGACGCCCCUUCCCGAUGCGACAAUAAAAAAUGAAGCCUUCGUGUUGAGCAGAGAAACAAGAGAGGGCGAAUGUAGCGAAACUGUGGUGCUUCCUUGCGACUGGACGGCUCCCGAAGAUCAAUGUGUUAUUACGCGGAUCGCCGUACUCUGGGCGCGAGUGUGUUACAAGACCUGGUAUUUUGGAGCCAUUUUCUACUGCAUCAGCUGGAUUUUCCUAAUUGUAAUCAUCUUGGAAGGAUGCGUUGCUACUUUCCGUCCGCAACACACAUCAAGCUCCAUCACGAUCCUUCCUGAUUUAGAAUCUUCUUGACCUUGCAUGCACGCUAGUUAUUCCAUGUUCCACAUUGGUAA